AUGGGGCUUUUAGAUUAUUUUUCGGUUUUCGAUCUCUGGCAACUCGAUAAAACUAAAGAAAUGAAGAAGCAACAAUCGAGAAUGGAGAAGGUGGAAAGCUACAUCAAAGGACUUGAACCUUCGCAGUUUGAAGCGGAAUUCGAGAAACUGAAAAUCGCAGAAGGAUACGCGGAAAAAGAAAAUCAAUCUAUCCCGUCGCUGAAAAGCUCAUCCAGUGGACCGACGACGAGAUCUCAAUCAGCCAAGGGCACUUUGAAAAUGAAUCGAUCCGCAAUGCUGCGCAUGGAGAAGAGAAAGUCGAUGAUCCCGCAAUCUUCCAUCUCCACAAACGAUCCGUCCAACGAUUCCAUGUCCGUCCGAUCGGGCUCGACGACGUCUAGAUCUGGACCGAUCAGAUCCAAAAUUGGCUCGCUCAACAACAUUUCCCACAAACCAGGAGGAGGAAAUGUCAAAAUUGAAUCGAGAAGAAAAAGCUUCGCAAAUGUCCAGUCUCGCUGUGGUAGUCUGGCAAACGCAGCACACACACCUGGCGGCGGAAAAGUCAAGAUCGAGUCCAAAAGAUUGAGCGUGGCUGGUGUCCAGUCAAAAGUCGGCAGCAUGAACAAUGUCACUCACACUCCUGGCGGCGGCAAGGUCAAGAUUCAGUCGCAGAAGAUCAAGAUUGAAGCGAAAUCGAAAAUUGGAAGCUUGGACAACAAAAAUCACACUCCAGCCGGCGGUACUAAGAAAAUUCUCCAUGAGCCGUUAAAAAUCGUUGCUUCUUCCAGAAUAGGCAGCUUGCAAAACGCCUCUCACCAGCCUCGAGGCGGAAAGGUAAAAAUCGCGACUCAGAAGCUCGAUCUCACCAAUGUCAAAUCAAAAUGCGGGAGCAUGGAUAACGCGAAGCACACGCCAAAAGGAGGCAAUGUCAAAAUCAAGUCUCGGCGAUCGGACUGGAGCGGAGUCAAAUCAAGAUGCGGGACAUUCGAUAAUGUCGGCCAUGUCGCUGGAGGUGGCGAUGUCAAGAUUUACGAUGAAAAGCUGACCGUAGUGGCAAAGUCCAAAUGCGGCACUUUUGACAACAUCAAUCACAUUGCCGGCGGUGGCGACGUGCAGAUUUACGACGAGAAAGCGCUGCCCUGGAAGGAGGAAUCGUCGAGAAAGGGCUCGAACUCGAUGGGUUCGAUCACUCUUGAGACGCUUUCCUCUGUUUCCGGCUCUGAAGGUCUUCCUCAAUCCGAGCAAAUCUCCCUGUAA